UCUUGUUGCUGUUGUUCAGUAGGUAGUCAUGGAUGAAUUAAAUGUUUAACUGCUUUUCUCUUCAUGUAGCCAUUCCCAAUAAACCACACUCCGAUUUGCUGGAAUGAGCCAAUAUUCCUUUCAUGUUCGCGGACUCUCGUCAAUCUUCUUCGCCUGGUUGAAUAGAUCAGUUUCGGCCCAGCUCUGUGCUGGAUAAUAGAUUCUGUCCUCCAGCUCAGUGUAAUCCAGUCUGUGUUGUUCCGUGUCAUCUGAAUCGUUGUGGUUCUGAAGCCGGUAAAGCAUGAGAGGGCAGCGGUGGUUCAACGGCCCGGUACGGACACAGGCUGCUCGGAGUCUGAUCCCAGGAUUGAUGGAGGAGAUUCGCCUGUAACAGCAUCAGAAGAAUGAUUUCAAGAUAUAGCCGACGGACUGUAUCUCACAGCAUUGAGAUCCGUGGGUUGUCCCGCAGCUGUUUGGACCAGCAUCCUCUUCCAGAGGAGGUUGAUGAUGAUAAUGUGCAUCCUUCCAGACUCCUGCAUGAUCUACAGGAGGAUAUGUCCUCAUACAGUGGGUCUGAGCAGUCCUCCGCUACAUCUGUCAGAUCAGAAUGUCAGACAGUCACCACAGAUGACACAGCGCAGUCCUGGUCUGGUAUCCAUAGUUACACUGGCACUGGCAUCUCCACAGAACGCAGCUCUGUCUUCUCCUGGGGCUAUGAUGAGUUUGAUAAAGCUGCCUCUAGGCAGGUCCAGCAGAUGUUUGAAGAGAUUGAUGAAUUGUUGUAUGAGAGGAAGGGAGAAACUCAGCUCAAAGGCCUGCAAGAAGAGUGUCAUGAGUGGGCGUCGAGAUUCCCUCACCUACGGAUCCUUGGAACACAGCUGGUUUGUCCUACGGACGAAGGCUUCCAGUGGUAUGCUACGCCUGCUCACACACCCAUCUCCUCCAUCGGAGGACAAAACAAAGAGAAAACAGACAAUGAGUUGUGUGUGCAGGGUCAGAGGGCUGUUUUGUGUCGGCCCUCUGAGGAGGUGACCCACCCUAGUGCCACUCCCAGCUGUAACCAUGGAGAUGAGUUGCCCAGGGUUAUCGAAGCCGAGGGGCUGAUGGAAGAAUAUCUCGCCUUUGACUGCCGGGACUUGGAUGAAGAGUGGGAACGUGAGUACAUUAAUAGAAGGCGGAGACACUGCCUGCCCCCUGUCUCGCCCUAUCGCUGUCGUCGGGAGGCGGUGCUUAAUCUGCUUUUUGAUGAUGUGUGGCAUGAGCUUAUUGGCUGGAUGGAGGAGCUGGUACGCAGGCAUUGGGAUGGUUUUGUGUCAGAUGAUGAGAAGAAUUCUGUGGCCCUCAGCCCUGCAUGCACUAACUCCCAGAAUCCCUUUCUGCUGCUGUCCACCUUCUCAACGGUGCUUCCGCCGCUGUCGCAGAGCCGAACACAACAGCUCACCGCCAGCAUGCAGACACAGAGCUCAAAGUCAUGGGGUUCAAAUCACAAGUCAAGACGGAAAUCCAAAAAGCAGAGAAAAUCAUCGACUUCCAGUCGAGUGCCUGUAGGGGCGGCCGUGACUCAUCACAAUCUCAAUGACCUCAUCAUGAUACAUGGCAUUCCAUUGCAGCAAAGGAACCUGGGAUCUCUGGACCGAAUAACUCAGGACUCUGAAGAGAAAGUGUCUCGUCGUCCUGGCUCUAGUGCCCUUUCUACCAGUAAACCUCGCCCUCGCCGUGCCCUGGAGCAGAGCACCUCCUCCUUAACCCGUCCUCCUCAGUCGGCGCGGCGACGGAACCCGCCUCCUCGCACUCUGAUGCCAUUGACCUCCAGUGUAAUGCAGCCCCUCACAACCGGGUCCAUGGAAGAAGUGGUUAGAGGGACAAGAUUGACAACAGCCAGCGAUCGUUUGUCUUCACCUCAAAUGCCUCUAAGCAGAAAUAAUCUCCUCCCACCUAUUGGUACAGAAGACACAGAGCACAUGCACUCUGGACAACACUCCCGACUUAUGCAGAAACAGAGAGGCUCCUCGAGUCAUGCAUACAGUGCAGUGACUGAUGAGUGUGUCAGUCUGCAGCCCAGAGACAAACUGCACCUGCUGGAUGUGUUUUCCAGACCCAACACUACACACACAUUUAGGUCGGACACCCCUUAUCGCCGUUCAUUCAUUGGUAUAGACAACAUUGGGCAGGGACGACCUGGCAGAGCAUCUGUCGGCAUAGAUUCUCUAGGAAUUGGUGUGACUGGAAUCAGUUUGGGCAUCAGCAGCAGCUCUUUCAUAGACUCAUUUUCCCAUCAUCCCCUCGGCCACUUCCCCAUCGAGCAUGGAGAGGAGCCAGAUGCAAAAGCCCUUCAUCCACUGUCUGUUCCAGCACGCUCCCACAACCGAGGCGGUACGACGGCACGCAGUAGCAGACCAGGGCUUUAACACACACACACACACACACACACACACUCUUUCUCUCCCCUCCCUCUUUGAACCAAACUCGCUUUUGUUCAGUACCGACAGACACUUUAUACGCCUGCUGGACUUUUGUAUGGCACGCCGUUUGGGCGUGGACUUUAUUUAUGAACCACUAUUACUAUUAUAAGUAGUAUUGUUAUUCAUGUUGUUGUUGUUUUACAUUUUCUAGAACCCUAUUUUUGUAUAUUGGAUUAUUCAGCUUCAUUUGGCUGCAAAAUGUCUUAUCUUUUACAUCUGUAGAUGUACUGAACAUGCCGUACUAUUGAGUAACAACUUUUUUUCCCCUUAAGACGGCUCCAUGAGGCCUACAUUGAAUUUCUAUGCAGGUUCAUAAAAGCAGGGUUUUCAGCACUAUGGGCAUCAUAAGUGUAGAAGAUAAAUUUAAUUGCCUGAACAUUGCCUGUAUUGGAGUGUUCAAGACUUCUUCAGCUCUAGGUAUCACAUAUGAACUGCAAAAAUGGGUUGUGGAAACUGCUGAAGAUGAUACUAGAUUCUAAAAUGUUUUAAAAAGUUCAAGUCAUCAUGAUGCAACUGCAACAACCAAGUGAAAACAAGUCAAGUUGUUAACAUAGGCAAUGCUUUUACACUAGUUAUUUCAUAGGUUUGUAAGAACUAUUACAUGGUUUGUACAUGAAAACAUCCUUGAAGAUUCCGCAUUUGGAACCCUGUUUACUGUAGGAUACCGUAGAUUAACAUUCUGAUUCCGUAAUCGCGGAAUGUGCAAUAGUAUAGUGUCAUUUGCAUUUGUUGAACAGGGUUCUAUUGCGACACCAGAGCCUCAGUCUAGGAACAUUAUAACCUUGUAUUUCAGAGGAAAACAAUACAUAUUUUAAUUCUGGAACAACUCCUGCAAUAAGAGGGCAGGCCAGUACAAUAGUACAGGCUAAAUAUUUACCAUUGAAAAAAGGAUUUCAAGUAUCUUAUUUUAUUUAUUUUUUAAACUAUUGGUUUUUCACAAAAUUAGCCUUUGUGAUUGAGCCUUAGUCCAAUGAGCCAUAAAGAGCAUGCAGUGUUUGCCCUUGCAAGAAGGAAGGGAAAGUGUAUUAUUAUUGCAUAUAGGUAUAUAUACACAGUACAAACGCACACAAAGAACAACAGAGUUCAGGGUUCAUUCAAUUAACUGCUUAAAAAAUAUUUUUUGUCAACAUGAGAUGGACUGUACUGGAAUAAAAUAAGGAGGGUCUAAUUAUUAAAACUAUCAUGGCCAUCUGGUUCAUUUGGUGCCUGGAAAUUCUGACUGGUAAAAUAUUUUCUCACACAGCAUUUUCCUGGCAGAUACUGAAUGUGGCUCUUACAGGUUUGUAAUGUUUAUGUGGCAGCUUCACCAUAUUUUAUUGAAAUUGUACCAACUCUAACAAGCAUUGAUCCUCUGUAUUAACUGAGCAUUUACAGUGAGUAUUGCAUUUGAUCUACUUUUAUAAAUAUUUAUGGAGAUUAAAGGAAUAUUACGGGUUUAAUAAAAGUUAAGCUCUAGCGACAGUAUUUGUGGCAUAAUGCUGAUUACCACAAAAAUUAAUUUAGACUUGUUCGUCCUUUUCUUUAAAAAAAAUUAAAUAAAAAUUAAGCUUACAGUAAGGCAAGUACUCUGAAAUAUUUUGUUGUGAAGUAAAUAUAGCAGAAGAAGUACUUUCUACUGAAUGAGUUAAAGCGUAAACUUGAAAAUAUUAAGUAAAUUCUACAUUUGUACUCAAUUCAAACAUGUCAAAAUUAAUGCCCUAGCUUAUAAAGAAAUAUUAUUUAUGAUUGUUUGUUAUCUUUACAAUGUGUAUCUUGAAUCACUCCUAAAGUAUAAAACAGUCAUAUUUAUUUGCUAAUUUGAGUAAAUUUCACAGGAAUUCAAAGAUGGUGUUCCCAGCAUGUACCCGGCUUGAAUAAUGAAUAAGCUUGCGUGUUUCACUGUUUGCAAAUUUAUUUACACUGUUUUUAUUGUUAAUUUUGUUGUUACGUUUGGUAACUUCUUGUUUUGUUAAGUCUGAAGUUAAUUUUAUUUACUCAAAAUUAACCAUUCAUGAUCAAAAGAUGAUCUGUUGAUUGUAACUAUCAUAGAGUUUUGUGCACCAAGUGUUCAGGUCUGCAAGCACAGGUCUAGUCUUUAUUCUAUUGCCUCUAAAGUGAGGUGAUGUUGUCUAACAGACUAACAUCAUACAUUAAGUGUUCCUGUGGAAGGUUUCUGUGUGCCAUGCGGUACAGCCUUUACUUAAAAAUGUGGUCUGAUAUAUGGACUAUUAAUUUCUGCUUGGCAAUUGCUUUCCUUUUUGUGUACAAUGGAAGGGAAUGGGUCCAAUCGGUAAACGUUAAAUAGCGACAAGGCGUAAACAAUAUGUGUGUUAACAUGAUUUUUUUUUGGGGAUAAAAUGUUACGCUUAGUAGGCUACCCUUUUCUGUGUAAAGUUAGAAUACAUUUUACAAGCCAUGAUGACAUAACACCAGAAAUCCUAAAACUACGGUAAAAACUCAAAUUUAAACCACUUUACAGCUCAAAUAAUACACAGAAUUAAUGUAAAUAUAAAUAUAUUGCUCCAUUCACUUCCAUUGUAAGUGUCUCACUGUAACCUUAAAGAAAAGGCGGGACCAGUUGAAAGGACCUUUUGUGGUAAUCAACAUUAUGCCACAGAUGUUGUCGAUGGAGCUUAAUUUGUAUUGAACCCCGAAUAUUCCUUUAACCACGCUCAAAUGCGCAAAAUAUGAGUGUACUGUAAAAGCCAUUAAAGUCAUACGUUUUUAUGAUCAGAGAGAUAUGGUCUCCUCUACAGCCACAUUGAUGCGAUUUCAUAGGUAGAUUGAUUUGUUCUCGUCUACGUCAUCUCUAAAAUACCCCUGCCUCCAAGACAGACCCAACAACUCUUAGCUCAGCAAGGACAAUUUAUAGUUGCAGCCAUAAUUGAGUUCUAGAGGUUGUUUUGAGCAAUUGACUGAAAUCCCGGUAGACAUUCUGCUGUCUGACAGCAGACCACAGACUGAGACCACAUAUCUGCUGAUAUGAAGUUGGCAGGUUUCAAGAGCAAUUGCACUUCAAUCAAGUAUGCACUGGUCUUUUAAACACUGAUGCAUACAGAUAAUUUUUUUCUUCAAGUGAGCAUGUGAGGCGAGAAUUUCUCAUUUAAUUUGUGCUGGAUAGGAGUGAGUGAGUGUUUAUGUGAACCCAGAGCAGGUCUGUGAUAGCUCUCGGCAGACGGCUCUAUCUAAGAUUUCCCCUGAAUGUUUACCUCUGUAUCAGAAAUGAGAAUGGGCAUUUUAAAAUAAAGGCGAGUAAUUGAAUAACAUUGUCUUUGCCUUGUAUCUUUGACAUUGUGACACUGCGUUAACUCUUUCCCCGCCAAACACGGAAUUUUCCGGGUUUCCGUGUUUUAGGUGUUACACGGUAAGGAAGACCCCUGCGCAUAUUUUGAAAGAGUACGCAACUCUUUGAUCAAAGAAACAGACUGCGAUCGUCUCAAACAUGAAGAAGUGGAGUAUAUCAGACAUAAACAUGCCUUUUUCUCAGCUUUUUGUCUGAAAUGUUGUUUUUUGAC